AUGCAGUCGUCUAACGAGGAUGUAAAUGAGAAGAAACACGGGACAUUAGAGGAAGAACAUUUACAGCAUGGAAACAUACAAAAAACACUUCCUUAUCGAAUUCGAAAGGACACAGCCUUUAGGAACAAACUCAGACGAAGCGCAGCUGUUACAUAUGACAUGUUCGUAGUUGGAUGGUUAAAAGGUAUAAUUGGUCCGUCGUUUCCUGAGAUCUUAUACCUAACAGACACCUCAUUGCAGCAAGGAUCAGCCUAUCUGACAGUUCUGUACGCCUGUAAGAUAAUUGGUCAUGCCUUUGCCGGAUUGGUGUACGACCGAAUGGACCGAGACUUAUAUAGCGCUAUACUGGCCGUCGUCAACGCCCUUGUGCUAAUCGUCUUGCCAUGGUGCCGCGUGUAUCCCAUCAUGAUAAUGAUGUAUGGUUUACACGGUCUGGUGAUUUCAGCCCUAGAACUCGGAUUAAUAACAGAAUCUGUGAAUUUGUGGAACAAGGAAGCACGGCAGAUCUACCUUCAAUUUACAACAUUUAUCUUUGCAAUUUCGACUAUCGUAUCACCCCUUGCAAUUAUUCCGUUCCUUAUGACAAAUCUGAAAACCGUAGCGGGGAAUAUAAAUAAAGGAAUUGAAAUCAGAAACUUACGAAACGCUGCAGACGAAUUUAAUAGAUCUGAAACUCAAUAUAUUUUUGAUACAACGAGCAUGUCCUUUACCACCAAUAUUGACAAUCAGACGUUUUCAAAUAUCAGCAUAUCAUCCACCGCUUUAAACGACCAGCACUCAGUUCUUUAUAUAGCAUUCAUGCUGGCUGCCUUUCUUGUCAUAUCUGGAGGAAUCCCGUUUGCGUGUUUUUAUUUUUCAAAAAAAAGUCCUGCAAAAUUACCAAAGCGCCAGAAGGAUGAUAUAUCAAACGAUAUAUCAUUAUUGUCAAAUUUGGGAGAAGGACAAAAAGCCGACUGUUCAUGCCAUCAUACAAAAGAAACAAAAUCUGAUGCAGAAAAUCAUGACCUUUUCCCUGAAUCAACCCAUGAAGAGGUUGAUAGAGCCUUGUCGAAGACUGGUGGUAAUCUCUUAUUUAGUUGGGCCUCUGUUUGUUCUCAGCCGCUAUUCAUAUUCAUGUUUAUUAUCAUAUGUGUGUUUGGAGCUUUACACAGCGGACUGGAAAUUGCUAUGAGUGAUUUAAUGCCUACACUCUGUCAACAGUUUUUAAACUGGCCCGCAUCCCAAGCCGCCAUUACAGUAUCGUUGUUAUAUCUAUUCCUUACACUAGGACGGAUCACGUGUGCUUUCCUUCUUAAGGUAAUAUCUUUAACAAAAAUUAUAGGUAUCUUUGUACUUUUUAUCAUUGCCGGAAGUGCUGUUUUGUCUAUGAGUACAACUUUCAACUCAACACCAGGAACCUGGAUUUCCAUAGGAAUUAUCGGCCUUGGAAUUUCUGCGUGUUAUCCGUCACAGUUGGGUUGGACAAGUCAAUAUCUAGUACCAUUGACCGGUAAACUGACAGCUACACUUCUAUGCACGAUGUAUAUAGGUUCGGUGGUAGCGCCACCCGUGUUCAGUUUUUUUAUGUCAAACUAUAGUCACUUAUUUUUUUGUUACGGUAUGUUAUUCAUGUCCGGUGUCGCUUUUAUUUGUGUUGUGUUUAUGGCAAUUUAUGUUUACAGACUGGAAAAGAAAAACAACAUUACUACUUAG